AUGAAGACAUUAAUCAAUGCAAGUACUGAAAGAGCUGAUGAAUUUUCAGAAUAUCUUAAAAAUCAGAAAUCUGUGACCAUACAUGUGGAGUGUCGUAAAAAUUAUACUCGAAAGUGUUCCAUUGCUGCAGCUAUUAAAAGACAACAUAAAGAACAAGAAGCCAGUACAUCUACUAAAAGUCCUCCUCGUACCAGAGCACGUGUUGGUGAAAUUUUCACAGAAGCAGGUGCUGCUUUUAACAAACUGGCUGAAAUGACUAUGACAUUACAUCCUUUAGCUGAACAAUCUACGAAUGCACAUGCAAAAACUCCUACUAAAAGGAAAACAACAGAUGAACGCAUUUCAACACAUUCUGGACCUACAAAUCAGAACCCUGGACAUACAAAACAGUCUGUGGGCAUGCAUCAUGUUACACUGAAUAUGCUCAAUGCGCAAGAAAAUGAAAUGGAUGUGGAUGACAUGGGUCGUGAUGUGAAAUUGGAGUUUGAAUCAAGCACGGAAGAAGUUGUCACAUAA